AUGGCUGGGCUCCAAACCAACCUCUAUGUCGGCAUCGGCAUCACCUGGAUCGCCGCCUUGGUGGCCCUGAUCAUGAGGGUUUUUGCCCGGCGGAUGACCAAGGUUAGCUGGUGGUUUGAUGAUUACUUCUGCGUAUCUGCAUUCAUAUUUGCGACUGGCUACUGCGGCAUCUUGCUGGAAUGGACCCUCCACUGGUCGCUUGGCAAACUGAUGCCUGAUGACCUUGAUAUGAAGACUAGGGAGAAUAUCCUCUACCACUCGAGGAUUCUCGGUUUCUUUAACUCGCUCUGCUACGCCUCCUCGCUAGCAUCGUCAAAGAUAUCCAUCCUAUCAUUCUACUGGCGACUGUUCAAGACAUCGACUAUCCGGAUUCCCAUUCUGGUGCUCCUUGCCAUGUCGGUGAUGUGGAUCAUCUUCCGGACUUUCAUGUUGAUCUUCCGCUGCGUUCCCGUCCAGUCAAUUUGGGAUAAGACAAUCACAGGUUCUGUUUGCAACAUCGACGGCGGCAAGUUCUUCCUGGGCACCAUCACCACCCAUUUUAUAAUGGAUAUCAUCAUCCUCAUUCUUCCUAUUGUUGAAGUAUCCAGGCUUCGCCUACGCCUCGGCCAGAAGCUCGGUAUCAUCGCCCUCUUCAUCCUCGGCAUCAUUGUCUGCCUCGCAUCUGCGUUUGUUCUGGUCGAGUUGGUCAAUUACAACAACGAUACAACGCAGAUGCCAUAUGACUACGCCAUGUACUGCAUCCUUGGAGCUGUGGAGGUGAAUAUCGCCAUCGUCUCUGCCUGUUUCCCCCUGCUUCGGCCAAUCUUCCGACACAUCCUUCCCACACAGUUCCUCAGCUCCUACGGCAGCAGCCAACGCAUCAGCCGACCAAGCAACAUCAGCCGACCCAGCAACAUCAUCAGAUUGACCACAUUGAAUCGAACGAACAAGGAGGUCGAGGCUGACGAGUCGAGCUCGACGCAUCAGCUGGCGGACCCGGAGCACGGCAUGCCUGACGGGCAUGACUUUGACCUGGCGCCUGCACGCAGCUCGGGAGGCGUCCGCACGAUGAUUUCGAGCCGGGAGUAUGGCUCCGAAAGGUCCAGCCGGGAUGGAGAUCGUGGGAUAUAUGUGCGAAAAGACACGGCUGUCGAGGUGGAGGAGAUACUGGAUUCAAAAGGUCGGAGAUAUGGAAGCGGCAGACGGUCGUGA